AUGUAUUUUUUGAUGAUAAAUGCAAUAUUCAACUCAAUCGGAAUAUGUCACCUUGAAUAUCUAUAUGAUAAUGUAGCUAAAGAGUGACGCUAAUGACAUGGUUUCUUCAUUUCAUAUACAGUUCGAUUAGUAUUGCUACAUAGUGUUUUUUUUUAUUUGUGAACGAAUGUCACACCCUAAAUUAUAAGAUCUCUUUUUGAUGUCCUUCUGUCAUUCUUCCUUCACAAAUCCUGUUACUGGAUUGUGCGUCUGGAUAUAUGAAAGGGAUAUAUAUAAAUUGAUGCUUUAUUUUCCAGUUGGAUAUCCAUUUACUCCCACAAGGUUGUCAUGUAUUCAUUAGAGACUAUAUUAAAGAUAAACCACAUUUGUGUUAUAACAUUCUGUAUUACACAAUGAGAAAGCAGCACAGAACAAAGUUCUACUGGAGCUACUUGCGGUUUGGCGGAACGUUUGUCGUGGUUCACAGUUUCUACACGGGAACAUUCUAUAACGGACCAACGCUGUGUUUGGCGAAAUGGAAGUGAAAAACGCUAACGCUGCUAUGCUCAGUAAUUAUGAGGUGUUCAAACUCCUGACAGACCUGAAGGAAAAGAGGAAAGAUAGCGGGAAGAACAAAAACAGCGCUGGGCAGCAGAACCUCAACACCAUCAUGUAUGAGACGCUGAAGUACCUGUCAAAGACACCCUGCAGCAGGCAGAAUCCAGAGAUCGUCAAAGAGUUCCUCACCACCAUGAUGCCCCACAAACUUACAAAGGCAGAAAAGCUGCAGCUAUUGAACCAACGACCACAGACAGCGGUGGAAAUUCAGCUAAUGGUGGAGGAGAGUGAGGAGCGGUUAUCAGAGGAGCAGAUCGAGGAGCUCAUCCAGACGGUCGCAGACGUCCUACCUGGUGACCCGGAGCAGGAGAACGCAGCUCCAGCAGACGCAGAGAUGGAGGAGGCCGUUCAACAGUCCUGACACAAAAACAACCCACAGGAAGAGAACCGGAGGGAUUGCUGAAAUUAUAACAUAACUGGACUUAUUGCUCUUACAUGCAGCUUUUUAUCCCAGUUUGAACUGAACAACAUGCCGUCUGAAAGGACACAUAACAGCAGCCUGUCUUAUAACACUUAAAACUUCUCAUUAAAUGAUUCACAUUAAGGUGAACCACUUAACGAUUGGAAUAGGAUUGUUACAUACAAGUUCAACAUUUUUUUUAUAAAUAGAGUUUUUGGACAGUGAGUCACAGAUGUGUUGUUUUGCACUUCACUGGUCUAAUUUGUACUUUACUUCAGAUAAUGUUAUGCAGAGACACUGUGCUAUUAACCCUGUGUACUUUGGGUUUCUGACUCAAGGUUAGUCAUCAGUUUUCUGCAUAGAAAAAUCCCCUUUUGGCUGUUGUAUGAUUUCCCAAGCUGUAAUAUUAGUCAGUCAUGCAAUUAAACUUUGGCACAGCCCUAACAUAAGUUCAGAGAGUAUUAUUAGUGCGGCUAUGUAAUAAAAUUAUUUUGGGACCAAA